AUGGCUUCACUACCUCGCAAGGUUCGUCCCAAUUCCAAACCCAAAGCAUCUGCUGGGAAUUCAGGUAAUUCUUUAACUGCUCCGAAUUCUUCAUUAGUAGUUGGAAAUGAUGAUUUGUUGAUACAUAUCCUAGUGCGCUUACCAGUUAAAAACCUAGUUAGAUCCAAAUUGCUGUCAAAGAAAUGGUUCUCUGUCAUCUCUGAUCCAAAUUUAGUCCGUACUUAUUCAGCUCAUAAUCGUGUUACAAUCUCUGGGUUAUAUUUGAACCAAUGGACUUAUGCGGCUGAACCACCAUUAUAUGCGUUUAUUCCUCUUGAUAAACAAGAUGUCAGUGAACCUAUCAAGAAGAGAAAUGCUAAUAUGCCUAUCAGAAAUGCAAUGGACACUAGAGAUGUCCCACCCAAAACCCUGAAUUUUUUGAAUAAUCGUGGUGAUGUGUGUAUGAAGAUUGUACAGUCUUGCAAUGGUUUGCUCUGCUGCAGUUAUUCUGAAUUGCGUGAAAACGAGUCUGGUUGGAUUGGUUCUAGAAGCACCGAAACCAAGUCUUAUUACAUUUACAAUCCAACCACAAAGAGUUACAAAGUCGUUCCUGAAUCUCCGUUCAGGAAAGAUGGUUGUCGUACAGUUCGGAGUAUGAAUUUGGCUUUUGAUCCAAUAAAAUCACCUGAUUAUGAAGUUAUUUGUUUCUCCAAAAACGACGAAAAGAAUGCACAGAUUGAGAUAUACUCUCCCAAAACAUCUUCAUGGAAGCUUUGUGAAGCUGUCUUUGAGGGCCAAAUUUCUGAAUCUGAAUUUACAAGUAUUGUGACGGACAACACUGGUGUUUUCUGGAAUGGUUCACUGCAUUGGAUUUCAGAAGGGUGUACUUCAGCUCAUUUAGAUAUUGAUCGAGGAUUAGUAAGGGAAAUGCCUAUGCUGCCUGAUUGUAAUGAUGGUAGUGACAGCGAUGACAAUGAAGAAGAGGAAGACGGAGACACUGAUGAAGAUGAGGAUACUGACACUGACGAGGAUGAGGAUACUAAUAAAUGGAAAUGGGAUAGUACAUCAGUAUUAUAUUUUGGAGAAAAUGGAGGACAUUUGUAUCUUGUCCGAAUUUUUUAUCCUCAUUGGAGAAUUAGAUUUGAAAUCUUGGAGUUGAAGUCUGACUACACAGGAUGGACAGUUAAGUAUCGUGGGAGUUUUAGAAAAAUGACUCACCGGUACCCAGAGCUACUUCAACAGAAGAAUUGGAUCGAACAUGAUUUUUUCGGUGUGGAGUUUUCGAUAUUGCUUGUUGAGGAAAAAGAAAAAUCCUUAAAGAUGGUGAUAAGGAUAGUAGAUCGGGUUGUAUCUUAUGAUCUUAACAACAAAAGUUUCAAGGUAGUUCAUGAGUUGCCAUUGGGUUAUAGGCCAGAAAUGUAUUCGACUGCAUGGUUUGAAGCUUAUCCAGUCAUUGAGUCAUUCGUUAGUGUUUGA